AUGACAACGUUCGUUCCGCGUGCGCCGUAUACGAAGGAGGAGCUCGCCCAGCUCUAUCCGCAGGAACUAGAGCUACAGCUAGUUCAAGUUGUGAGUACCUCCAAUCUGAAAGAGAAAUGGCAUAAUCCACUGCGGUUCCUUGAAUCUAACUUCACUCUAGCUACUUCGUCAUGGUCCGGCAUACAAUCCCGACCCAUCCUGCAUGACAGCCACAAUUGGCCGUAUUGCAACUCCGCCCGCCAGUUUUCCAGCGUUGUGAUGGCAACCACAGACUGGUCAAAGUGGGAUCAGUUGAAAUACAGACGGAGACUGGAGACCUUUGGCCUCGACGAUGGCCCUGGUACACCGCCUAUCAAAACCAGUAUUUCCAAGUUCUAA